CACACACUUCCCUCGCAGGGCUCUCGAAUCUCACUCAAUCCCUCGACGCCAUCCAACGGCCAACCCGACCCCCUCCCACCACAGCUCGAGACCCGGACCCGCGAACCCGACUCCGACCCAACCCGAAACAAACCCACCGGAUUCACCGCGAUGAGACUGAUUGUGCCACUCCAAGGCGUCGUCCAAGGCAGAGGUGGCCUCAUCCUCGGCUCUCUAAUCCCAUGUGCUCUCUAUUACUGCCUCCAGCUCUACCUAAAACGACGCUGACCCUCCAAACCCGAUCCACCUUCCCCCUCCCAGUCCUCCUCCAACCUGGCGGAGCUCCCCAGAACGCUGUCGCGGUCCAGCUUGUCCACCCGCGGGUCCAUGGGCCGGGUCCGGAUCUCCUCCCGGGUGAGCUGGGUUGCGAAGCCCAACGACUCGCCGUACUCUAUCGGGUUGGACAGGGCUUCGGAGGACCCGUGCGAUAGGGUGGAUAAUCCGGAUGGGGUUAUUCAACUCGGAUUGUCCGAGAACAGGAUGUGUUUGGAUUUGAUUGAGAAAUGGGUUUCGGAGAAUUUGAUGGAAUCGAUGGUGGGAACGGACGGCGGUGAUUUGAGCAUAAGUGGGAUUGCAGCGUACCAGCCGUUUGAUGGAAUGACUGAGCUGAAAGUGAGGUUUUUACAGGUACCGGAUGAUUCUCCUUUUGCCAAUUCAACAAUUUUUCAAGGAAAGCUAAAGGAUUUGAAACAAAUUAAACAAAUUAAAAACAAAGUUAGUGGUAAGUUAACAAAUUAAUCCGAUCAAAUUACAAUAUUUAUAAUUCAAUUAAUCUCUAAUCUGUUCAUAUAAAACAACGUAACAUAAUUAAAAUGCAUGAACUAAACAUGUAGAUGAUGAAAUUAAUUAGCAGAAAACGAUCACUAAUUAAUGUGGUAUUGGUACACGACCAAAUUAUUUAUUAUUUUGUUCUUGGUUGCUGUCAUGUGUUAGUUUGUAGUUUGUAUCGAAAAAUAGGAAUCCGGGUUCUUGAACGGGGUCAUGUUAUAUGUUACUGUUGUAUAAUGAUAAUGUAUGUGAGGCUGUGCAUUACAGCAGAAUUGUUUGUUGCUUAAUGGCAAUGCAAAUUGAAUUUGUUAGCGCAAAA